CCCGGAUGUGAAGCGGCAUCUUUUACCAUAAUCCGACCGGGCCGACGUGCAGAUACUAUAAAAGCCUGACGAACGGACAGUCAGACUGCCAGACGCAGUGGUCACAGCUGGCACUGUGCUGGCAGCUUCGAGAUACACAGAUGUCUGAGCGACUUUGAUCCGGAGCAACGGCUGUCGUUGCCUGCGACCUGAGUCCUACAAAGUGUUGUAGCCCCCGGCAAUUCAGUGCCGUUGUCUCUGUUCCCUCGACUCACACCCUUCCGCCACCAAAGCUGGCGAUGUCAAGAGUACCGAGUCCCCCUCCCCCUGCGGAAAUGUCCAGUGGGCCUGUGGCUGAGAGCUGGUGUUACACUCAGAUCAAAGUGGUGAAGUUCUCCUACAUGUGGACCAUCAACAAUUUCAGUUUCUGCCGUGAGGAGAUGGGCGAGGUCAUCAAGAGCUCCACCUUCUCAUCGGGAGCUAACGAUAAGCUCAAAUGGUGCUUGCGGGUGAAUCCUAAAGGUCUUGACGAGGAAAGUAAAGACUACCUGUCCCUGUACCUCCUCCUUGUCAGCUGUCCAAAGAGUGAAGUACGUGCUAAGUUCAAGUUCUCUAUCCUCAAUGCCAAAGGCGAGGAGACCAAAGCCAUGGAGAGCCAGAGGGCCUACCGAUUUGUCCAGGGCAAGGACUGGGGCUUCAAGAAAUUCAUCCGCCGCGACUUCCUGCUGGACGAGGCCAACGGGCUGCUCCCAGAUGACAAGCUCACCCUGUUCUGUGAGGUGAGCGUGGUGCAGGACUCUGUAAACAUCUCGGGACAGAACACCAUGAACAUGGUGAAGGUCCCCGACUGUCGCUUGGCUGAUGAGCUGGGGGGCCUGUGGGAGAACUCGCGGUUCACUGACUGCUCCCUCUGCGUGGCAGGACAGGAGUUCCAGGCCCACAAGGCCAUUCUUGCAGGUAUAAACCCCAGCAGCUCCCUGACUCCCCAGGCAGUGAGAACAUCCCCUCAUCACACAGCAGCGCGCUCCCCUGUGUUCAGUGCCAUGUUUGAGCACGAGAUGGAGGAGAGCAAAAAGAACCGUGUAGAGAUCAAUGACGUGGAGCCUGAGGUAUUCAAGGAAAUGAUGUGCUUCAUCUACACGGGCAAGGCACCCAACUUGGACAAGAUGGCAGAUGACUUGCUGGCUGCUGCUGACAAGUAUGCUCUGGAGCGUCUGAAGGUCAUGUGCGAAGAUGCCCUGUGCACCAGCCUGUCUGUGGAGAAUGCAGCAGAAAUCCUCAUCUUGGCUGACCUGCACAGUGCUGACCAGCUAAAGACGCAAGCUGUUGACUUCAUCAACUACCACGCGUCAGACGUGAUGGAAACCUCUGGCUGGAAGUCCAUGGUGGCCUCACACCCUCACCUGGUGGCUGAGGCUUACCGCUCGCUGGCUUCCGCACAGUGCCCCUUCCUGGGACCGCCUCGCAAGCGGCUAAAACAGUCAUAGGAACUGGGCCAGGACCAAAACCCGUCCUCCUCCACUCCGCACCCCCGUCCCCCUGCUUGUCCAGUGCAGGCCCCAGCGUUACGCAUUCCCUUUGUCCUGCUCCCUGCUCAGGCGAAGCUGCCGUGCUCGGUCUCUCAGCGAUCCAAGGCGGAGUCAAAGACAUGACAAGCCAGAUUUUCCAGGGCUCUGGAUCUUCAUUGGUUCAAGGCCAGAGAUGGGCGUUGUGCCUUGGCCAAUGGCUUUGUGAGCCUGGGAGGCAUGGUCAAUGAAGAGCAUGGUGGGCUGGCUCUAUAUAUGGAUGGAAGGACAGCGAACAAGAUAGGGAGGAGAAAAGACAAACUAUCAAACACACAGCUUUUCAAGGACUUCAAGACCCUGAGCCCAAUGUGUUUUUGUCUUCUGAAGCACCUCUUGCAGUUUUUUAAAAUCCUUUUCUUUCAGUACAUAGAGGAAAUUGUUGGGAAACCGAGACCUUUUGAUGAGCUGCUUCUAGGGAAGUGACAGUUUGAAGCUUUAGAUGACAAACUUCAGUUGAGUCUGCUGUCAAGGAAGACAGCAGGAAGGAACUUCGUUGCCACUGAUUUUUCAAGCGUCUGUGGGAGAAUAAAGUUCUAGAAUACAUAUCAGUUAUGCUCGGGAAACAGCUGACUGUUGUUUACAUCGAAUCUCUUGUCCUGUGGUGUUUCCCUUCCACGCCUACCAAAAUGGUAAACAUAGGAAGAGAUGGUGGUCUGGCAGCCACUGGCUUCUUGCAGAUUAAAGACCUUCUAGAAGAACUGGGUUCUCAUCUCUGAUGCUCUCCUUUGAAAGUGGAGGCAGGAAACCAUCUCCCAAGUCAACAGAGGACAGAGAAGGGUGGAGACAUGUAAAUUAUUUUUGUGACAUCUUGGUAUUUGAACAUUACUGCUCAUAGCACUUGUGUUUUAAAAUCCAAGGCUUCCUUGUGAAAUCCUGAAAAUCAGUGGGGGGGAAAAGUAAUGAAAUAUAUCCCAGAACUCAGUUUUGGAGUGCAAAACCAUCAAUAUCAGUACGCCGUCAGGUUGAACCAGGCAUGUAGUUUCGUUGUGUUUUUGUUGUUUUUUGUUUUUAUUUUUCCUUUUUGAUUCUGGAAGAGAGGGGAAAAAACCCUUGUUUUUCAUAGGCGUUUGUACAGACAUUGGUGUUUUCAGAAAUGUAAAAGAAGCUUUUUUGUGAAAUCAAAAUGAGACUUUUGUGGUUUGGAGAGGGGAAAAAAGGAAAUGAACACGUUUUAAUGUUCAUUAAAUCCAAACUAUUUCUGUAAGAAAAGCGAAAUAAGAAAAAAAUAA